GCAAUAUUCGGAUACAAGUGUGGCAGCGUCAAACUUCUCAUAAGACCGGCUAGUGUUAGCAGAAUCGGCGUUGGAGGCCAGUUGUAUUCCGUUGGGCCUACCUUACAGUUAAGUGUCGCUUGAUGCAUUUUAGAAUUUAUUUCGCAAAUCCAUAAAAAGUGUGCCUAGAAUUAAAAAGUAAUCUAAAUUCUUAAUGAAAUGGAGCCUUCACUGACGCAACCAGAGUGUUUGCAAAUCGCGCAGAAAGACUUUGGAAAAAAUGCCACGCUUAUCAAUUAUCACAUCAAACCCGUUAGUGAUGAAAAGAGAGGAUUUCUUGGAGAAUAUUUCACUUUGGAGCUUCAAGUGAAAGAUGAACGGAAAGCUAAAGUGUCAAAAACUUAUUUCAUCAAAAUCCCACCACCGGAAACAGAAGAUCAACAAGAUGACACCAGGAAAAUUUUUGCCAAAGAAACAGCCCUCUAUCGCGGAAUACUUAGUGAUUUUUCGAAAUAUAGUAAAACUAAAUGGAAACCAGAAUGCUUUUUGGCACGGGAUGAUAUCCUCGUUCUAGAGGACUUAACUGCGGCAGGCUAUCGAGGCCUUCUAAAAGGCGUGGAGCCUAGGGCAGAUCAUAUGAAAUUGUUAUUAGCAAAUUUAGCGGCCAUGCAUGCUUCCAGUAUUGCGUACGAAUUAGACGUAGGUAAAACCAUUGGAUCUCAGCUAGGGGAUAAACUUUUUGAAACAUCAAUUUUGAAAGAUUUGGAUUGGUUUCGAGCAGGAGUCAUGGGCUUUCAAGCUGUUUUAUCUGCGCAUCCAAAAUAUCAAUCUUCCGUUCAUCAAAAAUUUAUCCAAGACAAUUUCCUCAAGGUUGUUGAACCUGUUUACGGAAUGGUCAACGAAUCAACUCGAUUCAAAAAUGUACUUUGCCACCGGGAUACCUGGAUGAACAACGUCCUAUUUCUUUCAAAAGAUGAGAACUUAGAACAUCCAACAAAGGCUAUUCUCGUUGACUUUCAAUUCUGUCGCUAUUGCCCUCCUGCUAUUGAUGUUACCCUAGCCAUUUAUCUUAAUACUAGUCCAUCUACACGUUCUGAAGUAGUAACAGCUUGUCUUGAGUGGUAUCACCGACAACUGACCACCGAACUCGAUGCUUUGGACAUACAAGUUGCCGAGCAUAUUUCAUUUGAAGCGCUUUUGGAGAGCUAUUCCCACUUGAAAUUGGUCUCUUUACUAUAUGUUGGUGCAGUUGCGACGUGGGUAAGAUUGCCAUCUGGAUUUUUGGAAGAGUUGCAGAAUAAUGAUCCCGAAAAGUAUGUAAAAUAUCGAACUGGAUGUCGCAGAGAGAUCCUUUUGGAGCUAAUUGGGAAAGAUGAAAAGUUUAGAAAAUAUAUGUUUGAUGUAGCAGAGGAUUUCAUGAAGGUUGUCUAUAAGAAAUAAGUUCUCAACAAAAAUGUUUAAAAGUUAUUUUGGAAAUUAAUGAAAUAAAUGUAAAGAGGUGGCAUAUUCGAAUUGUAA